AAUGAUUCGUGUUAUUUGACGUGUCACAUUUGACAUUCUCCUAGUUUGUUUUUCGAAUCCAAAUUAGAAGUCAUAGCAUGCAGACCGAUUAAAAAUGUUACCUAAAUUAUGCUAAAUUACAUAGAACCAGUUGGCGGUAGAAAAUCAGCCCAAGAGCACAUAAAAUCCCUGGGCUACCGAUUCAUUGCUCGGUUGGGCGAAGGAACUUUCUCUAAAGUCUAUCUAACAGAAUACGCCCCAGCGAACGUCACUACCACUAAGAAACUAGCGUGCAAGCUAAUCGACACCGCCGCAUGUAGCACCAAAUUCAAGAAAAAGUUUCUCCCCCGCGAGUUGGCAAUCCUGUUGAAGAUUCAGCAUCCCCACAUCAUCCGGGUUCACGCCAUUAUGAAGUGCCACUCGAAGGUAUUCAUUUUUAUGCGAUACGCCGAAAUUGGCGAUCUCCUUACAUUCAUCCUGGCGCAUGGACCCAUCGGGGAGAAUCAGACUCGAAUCUGGGGUAGACAGAUGGCGCUGGCGUUGCAGUACCUGCACGAACUUGGAGUCGCACAUCGAGAUCUGAAGUGCGAGAACAUUCUAAUUAGCACGAAUUUCAACGUCAAGCUGAGUGAUUUUGGAUUCGCCCGGCAUGUUAUGAAGGAUGGUGCGGCGGAAUUGAGCAGCACCUAUUGUGGGUCAUUCGAUUACGCUGCCCCAGAGAUUCUGAAGGGACAACCGUAUGACCCGAGGGCUUCCGAUAUGUGGGCGUACGGUGUGCUGUUGUAUGUGAUGUUGAACAAGUCAAUGCCGUUCAAGGGGCGUACGAAAGUGGUGUAUGCGGCCCAAAUGGAUAGAAAGUGGCAGUUUCGGUCCAGAGUUCGUAAUAAGUUGUCUUCCCAAGUGAAGGUGCUGGUUGGCAGUCUGCUGGAACCGAACCCAAUUAUUCGGUACUCGGUGGAAGAAACAUUAACCUAUGACUGGUUUACGGAUCACCCAAAAAUGAGAAACUUGCGUCCGGAUGAGUCCAGUGCAUUGGCAGAAGCACGGUCGUGUUACAAAGAUUCCAGAGAUGUUCUGCAUGUGAAAUCGAAGCUGAAGGUGUCCGGUAGUGAUGUGAUAACGACCAUCAAAGCUGUAGACGAGACGGAAGCCGGGGAACAUGGAUCCAGUGAGUCGGUGAAGGUGUCUUUCAUUGAACUGGAUCAUGAUGUAUCAGGUGAUAUUUUUGCCAACGAUAAGUAGUUGAUUAGGAAGAUUUAUUUGAAAAUAUAAACACA